UACCAUUUUCCAUUCCUCCUUGUGACUCAAAUCAAUUCCAUGCCAUUUUUCUUGUUAACGAACCCAACUCUUUCUCUUCUACACAAGCAAGCUCCUCUCUUUAUAAAGCUAUUAGUUUCUCAAUAUCAUAUUAUUACAACCAACCUUUAUUAUCUUAUAUUAUUGUAAUAAUAUUUAUAUUAUUCAUUUGUCUUUUACACUUCUAGCUAUAAGUGCACAAAUAAGACAUAAUCAAUAAUGUCUUUAACAUCACAUUUUCUUAUACUUGUUGGUGUUCUUACCAUUCUUAUUUCUUCGUUUCUUCCGGUUUGUCUAUCUAGCUACCCCUUCCCGGAACCCGAUUCGAGGAAUUACAUUACAAAGUAUUCUACUAACAACAAGAAUAUUAGUGAUGAUGAUGAUAAGAGGACUUACAAUUACAACUAUGAGCUUGAUUCACAAAGUCUCGACAAUUAUGAUAAGGUAAUCCUUGAUCGUAUUAGGCACCAUUCUCAUCGAGCUCGGUCUAGAGCCCCUUCCCCUUCAUCUUCGCCUUCAAGAAUUAUCAAUGUCGAACAUUUUAUCAAGUCAGGAAGAAGGAGAGAUCAUACCAAGGGUUUUAAGAGAGCUUGGAAGAAGGCAUGUUCAACCAAGGGUGCAAUAUUGCUAGUGCCAAGAAACAAGAAGUAUAGGGUCAGGCCAAUCAAGUUCUCUGGACCGUGUCGUUCUCCUCUCACCAUAAAGAUCAAAGGAAGAAUCGAGGCGUCUACCAAUCUAGCAGACUACAGAGAUCGACUACAUUGGCUACAAUUCGAAAAUAUAACUAACUUCAAGGUUAAAGGUCGAGGCACCAUUGAUGGCAGGGGACAUAUUUGGUGGCAGAAUUCUUGUAAGAUCAAUACAACUAAGCCCUGUCAACAUGCACCUACGGCGGUAACCUUUGAUGGAUGCAAGAACUUCAUAGUGGAUGGAUUAAAGAUAACGAAUGCACAACAGAUGCAUAUGACAUUUCAGAAAUGCACUGCUGUAAGAGCUUCACAUAUAGUCAUAAAAUCGCUGGGAAAUAGCCCUAACACGGAUGGAAUUCAUGUCACCGAGACCAGAAACAUUCAAAUAACAAGAUCUCGUAUUGGAACAGGCGAUGAUUGUGUAUCAGUAGUAAGUGGAUCAAAGAAUGUUCAAGUGUCCGAUAUAACUUGUGGACCAGGCCAUGGAAUCAGUAUUGGAAGCCUAGGCAAAGGAAACUCCAAGGCACAUGUUUCAAAUGUAUUGGUAAACAAGGCAAGACUUUUUGGAACCCUUAAUGGAGUCAGAAUUAAGACUUGGCAGGGAGGACAAGGAUAUGCAAAAAAUGUUGUAUUUCAAAAUAUUGCAAUGAAAAAUGUUAGCAAUCCAAUAAUCAUUGACCAGAACUAUUGCGAUCAAAAAACACCUUGUCAGGAAAUGAAAUCAGCAGUACAUGUACAAAAUGUGGUGUACAAAAACAUAAAGGGAACAAGUUUUACAGAAGACGCGAUAAAAUUUAAUUGCAGCAAAAGCCAUAAAUGCCAAGGAAUAGUGUUGCAGAAUAUAAACCUUGUUAUGAAAAAAGGAAGAAAAGCAGCUAUGGCUGAAUGUGAAAAUGUUGAACUGUUUCACAGAGGGAAGGUUUCACCCAAAUGUCUUCAACGUACUUAGUUUUUCUUACACUACUUGGGUUCAUUAUAUAAAAUUCUGUACAUAUAUUUUAAGAUAUUUGUUCAUAAUUGAUUACCAUCCCCCAAUUUUUCAUAGUUAUACUGAUCUUUGAUAUUAGCAAAGUAAAAUAAAAGUGAAAGCAUAAAAAAAAAUAAAAAAAAAAUUGCAUAUAAAAAAG